CUGUUCCUUCUUUUUGGUCUAUGCCCUCUCUCGCUCGGGAAGUUACCGGGAGAGCUCGGGAGACUGCCUCGAUUUGGCGAGGUUCUUCGGGUUUGUUUUGAGAUUUUGGAGGUGGGUUCCUGUUCAAAUCUGGGUUUGGUUACUGAGGUGAGGUGAAUGCUUUGAAGCUGGGUGAAGAUGGAGAGAGACUUUCUGGGUUUGGGCUCGAGAGAACCAUUGAGCGUUGUGAAGGAAGAGAUUGGCGGGGAAGCUUGCGGAGACUCUGGACCGGACAAAGGUACAUCAGGAAUGCGAUGGCCAUUCUUGAACAAGGUUUCUGCAGUUCCUCAUCUGAUGUCCUUUAAGGCUGCUCAGGAUGAAAAGACCAAAAAGAUCAGCGAACCAAUCGUCUCUUCUGGAUCGACCCACAUCCCAGUUGCAGAUGCAUAUGAUUCGAGUCGGAGACGUACUGUUGUCGAAGUACAGAGUUCAUUCAAUCGUCACAGACAAGGUGGCUCGCAGUUUUCGCUGACGUCUUAUCCUCAACAAUCUCAUCCCCGGGAUGCAAGGCUGCUUCCCCUCUCAAAUCAGGGAAUUCCCGCCUCUAUAGGCGACUCUUUCUUCAAGACUCACUACACUGCCACUGGACAGCCUCUACCAGGUAAUAUGAAAAGGCAAAAGCUACCGGGAGGUGUUCUUGUUUCUGCCCCAAAUUCAGACCAUCUUGCCGCUGGUUUGACAAUGGGAACCACUGAAUCAUGGAAACCUAUCAAGCCUACCAUGCCGCCUUCUCAAUUGACCAUUUUCUACGCGGGUACCGUGAAUGUUUAUGAUUGUAUCUCACCUGAAAAGGCCGAAGCGAUCAUGUUCCUUGCCAGGAAUGGGGCUCCAAUGGAAAUGGCUUCUAAGACAUCACAGACAAAAUGCUUUGUUCAAGGACCUACCACGGCCAACACUGCCGGGGAUCACGUUGAUCUGAACCAGCCUGCUGCACAACCCUUCUCUAGCCUCUCGAGCCCAUUAUCAGUAUCAUCACAUCCAGCUUCUCGUUCACGGGGUGGACCAACUGGCAAGGAUGAAUCAAAGGACAGUAAUGCUAAAGGAGUUGGCCCUCCAAGCAAAUUGGACAUCCCAAAGAUGGUCAGUGUGAUGGGAUCCGCUUCUGCAACGACCAUGGUACCAUCUGCCAUCCCACAGGCUAGGAAAGCAUCCUUAGCUCGGUUUUUGGAGAAGCGCAAAGAGAGGGUAGUGAGUGCGGCGGCGCCUUACAACCUCAGCAAGAACUCUCCAGAGCGUGCGACCCCGCACUCGAGCGCUGUAAAUUGCUCUCCAGCUCUUGCGAUGGACAAGGGGAGUCAUUUUGUGGGCUGUGAAAUGGAGAGGGAGUUUUUAGGCUUGAGCUUGAGCGAACCAUCGGGUGUUGUGAAGAAGGAAGAGAUUAGCAGCGAGGUUUGCAGAGACUCUGGGCUGAACAAAGAUUCGGGAACAAGAUGGCCAUUGCUGGACAAGUUCUGUACAGUUCCUGAUUUGAAGCCAGAGCUGCCGGGUGGUGGUGUUGUUGCCACUCCAAAUUCUGGUCUUCUAGGCGCCGCAUCUACAUUGGGAACCACUGAACCAAGAAAUAUCUCUUGCAGAAAUGCCAUCAAGUCUUAUGGGCCUAAUCAAUUGACCAUCUUCUACGCGGGUACCGUGGUUGUUUAUGAUGACGUCCCUCCUGAAAAGGUCCAGGCUCUCAUGUUCCUGGCCAGGAGUGGGACUUGUAAAUCUCCUAAGACAUUGCAUUCAAGAUGUCAUGUUCAAGCGCCUACCCCUGGGAAUAUCAUCAGCAAUCAUGUGGUUCUGAAGCAGCCUGCUACGCGGCCUUGCUCUGGCCUUUCAAGCCCGUUCUCAGUGGUCUCACAUCCGGCUCCUGAGCUGGGUAGUGGACCCACUAACAUGGAGAAAGGUAACACUGAAGGAGUUACUGCUCCAGGCAAAGUGGACAGUCCAAAGAUGGUUGGGGCCAUGAGGUCAACUUAUGCAACGACCAUGAUAUCGGCUGCACUCCCUCAGCCUCCGAAGGCAUCCUUGGCUCGGUUCCUAGAGAAGCGCAAAGAAAGGGUAAGAAAUGCCGCACCAUACAGCCUCAGCAAAAACUCAUCUCCGGAGUGUGCUACCCCGGCCUCCAAUCCCGCGAAGCUCUCUUCUGGUCCUGCUAUGGACAAGGACUGUACUCAGUGAUGUAUAGGCCGUUUAGGAUUUGAUCUGUUUGAUAUUUUUGACAACGUAAAGUGGAUGAUAUCGAUGGGAUUCUGUAAUGUUCUGUAGCAGUCCUUGUACGUCCUACGGUAAUUUUAUCAGCAACGGGGCUUGUUGUGACCUAAUCACGAGCAGGAUGGCCUGCUCGUGCUAUGGGACGAAAAUACAGACGGUUGAUU